UUCCUUCGUGCUACCCACACAUGGACCCAUUCCUGGAGUCCAGGGGUGGAAACAAUCAGUACUCACUACCCAUCCCGCUGCCCGUUUACAUCAGAACGAGAUCACCGUCCGGCUCCGAGAGUUUUGUGAAGCCCAAAAAAUGUCGAAGAAGUCGGACUGUGUUCACAGAACUACAGCUACUUGGUCUGGAGAAGAGAUUUGAGGGACAGAAGUAUUUGUCUACACCGGACAGACUGGACCUGGCCGAGUCGCUAGGGCUGUCACAAAUACAAGUGAAGACUUGGUAUCAGAACCGACGUAUGAAAUGGAAGAAACAG